AUGCCUAUCCCUCUGCUGGCGGAGGGCUUUGGGCGAGGAUGGUCCAGUAUCCCGUACUUAUCCACCAUUCUUCAAAGUGCAGUGGUCAUUGGCGUGAUUACACUGCUGAAGCUGUACUUUGGCGGAGCGAAAUGUCGUGCCGAACGGGUGAUGCAUGGAAAGGUUGUAAUGGUCACGGGAGGCACAUCAGGUGUCGGCGCCGCGGUUGUGCAAGAACUAGCUACACGAGGCGCCCAGAUCAUCCUGCUCACGCACCAUGCGCCCUCCGAUCCGUUUCUGGUGGACUACAUCGAAGACCUCCGGACCGUGACGAACAAUGAGUUGAUAUACGCCGAGCAGGUCGACCUGUCGUCCCUGCAUUCCAUUCGACUCUUUGCGACGAAGUGGGUGGACAACGCACCGCCGCGGCGACUGGACAUGAUCAUUCUCUGUGCCAAUGUGAUGACACCAUACUUCGGGACUGGGCAGAAGACGAAAGACGGGCUCGAAGCGGAAUGGAUGAUCAACUAUCUCAGCACCUUCCACCUCCUAAGUAUACUAUCGCCGGCUAUAAGGGCGCAGCCACCGGACCGAGAUGUGAGAAUCUUGUUCAGCACGUGCAGCAGUUAUAUUGGUGGGAAGCUGGACCUUAAGGAUACCGAGUCUGUCACAAAGUCUGGCAGUUCUUCCUAUGCGCGGAGUAAAUUGGCGACCAUGACGUUCGCGUAUGCUUUCCAGAAACAUCUCGACUCGUACAAGAGGCCGGACAAUGCGACCAACAAUGCCAGAGCUUUCAUCAUUGACCCGGGAUUUUGUCGAACUCCGGGGACACGAAGAUGGCUGUCAGGGGGUCUGGUAUGGGGACUGCUUUGGUAUCUCGUUACAUGGCCCUUCUGGUGGCUUGUUCUCAAAUCCCCGUUCCAAGGUGCUCAGAGUUAUCUCCUAGCGGCGAUGGAAGCUGAAUAUGCAAGAGGCGCCGGCGGGAAGAUGAUCAAAGAAUGUCGAGAGCUUGAACCCUUCAGGCCUGAAGUCAAGAACGAAGAGGUCGCAAAGAGGCUCUGGGAAUUCAGCGAGAAACAGAUUGAGCAGCUGGAGAAAGAAGGUGCAGUUAAACGAGCUCUGGCGAAGAAGGAGGCCGAGAAGAACAAGAAGAAGAAUGAGGAUACGACUGCUGCUGAUGGUGCUGUGCCCUCGACGGGCAAGAAGGAACCUACUCCUGGGUCGAGAAAAGGUCGAAAAGCGAAAUGA